CCAGAACAAACCUGCUGUUACUCGGCCUCAACUGCUGCGCCCUGUAAUCCAGUCAGUGGAGUGCUAUGGUCUUCUGGCAAUAGUUCCCAUCGUAACCCUGAUGACGCGACCACAUCCACGCCAUCUACUGAAAUUAGCCCCACACCGGAAAGUCCUAUCCCCUCUCUCAUGGGAAGAGGUGUUUUAAGCCCACGUGAGAGGACCCUGCGUAGGACCAUGAAAACCACCACUACAACAACUACUACGAGGACCACCACGAUACUGGAGACCUCAACCUUAGUUCCUGAAUCCAAAGGACAACUUUCAAGAGAGGCGGCGGCAUCACUUUCCGAAAGGGAGAAAGAGAGUGGGCUGACCGAAGCUAAUCAACUGGACCGACAACAAUCGGUCAGUCUCAACGCCUGUCCUCUCGAGGUCCCUCUUCAUAACGUCGUCCAUGAAAGGCCAGCUCCAACUUCUGGAUCCAAUCAAUAUGAGGAAGGAGACAUCAAUUCGCAAGUAUCAAGGGCGGGAUAUCAUGAUGCCCCGCCAUCCUUCCUACAGUAUCCAGAGGGCCAUGAGGCACCAGACUACUCCUACACUCAGCCGAACUUGACUCCAAUGGCUAUAGUAUCCUCUUCAUCCAAUGAUCCACUGAUUUCAAUUCUUCGGCCCGAGGAUACCUAUUUCCCUCAUCAGAUAAACGAUGUUCUGCCUUUUCUUGAACCCGGUAUGCAAGGAAGUCACCAAUCUCGAGUCACAGCGCCGAAUGGUACAACGCGGCCCUACUAUCAGCAUCACCAGUACCAUCAUCAUCUCCACCAUCACCAUCACCACCAGGUGGCCUUUUACUCUGCUGAGCGAGUGACAGCCGUCGCGGCCGCAGCUGCUGCAGCGGCCGCUGCCGCCGCCAUGGUGACAAUGGGAACGCCAGCUAGUCUCUGCUCCGGUCUGACAGCCUCGAAUUACGUUCCAAAUACCAUCCAACACUCUGGACUCCCAUCUUCCCAACUGUUGGCCCUUCCGCCGAUUCCGCCUCCGCCUCAGCCUCCGCUUCCCCACCCUCCUCCUCUAUUACCCACGCCAUCAGCAGCACUAUUGUCACCAUCCCUCACCUUUCCGCCUCCGGCACAGUCAGAAUGUUUUGACUGGCCUAUCUGUGACACUGUUCAUCUUAACUACCCACUUCCGACUCCUCCAAUGCCGCCGACAGCUUCAACGGAACCUCAUCUAUAUCGGACAAGGGAUGCCCCAUAUCUAACCUACCCAUACAUCCAGCCCCCAGUAGCCUAUCUGUCUUCGUCUGCUUACCCACCUCUAACAAGACCUUUGUCCGAAGGCCGAGUUGAACAAGCUAGAGAAUAUUCACCGGCCUAUUCAACCGCACUUAUGAUAAGUCUUCCAGAUCGACACACACCAGCCCCUGGCUUUGUCCAGCCGCCCCAUUCCUCUUCUCAGAUAGAGGGGCGAAAGAUAGAGAAAAUAGAACAAGGGUCAGGGGAAGGUGAGGAAGAGGAUGAGAGGAUUCACAGGAAA